AUGGAGCUCGUAAACAGCUUUCCUCACGUGCCUAGCAGGCCGCCGGGAGAGCGUGGCUCUGAGGCUGAUCAGGAAGGACCUAGUGCGGCUGAGGUGGACGCCAACGUCCAGCGGGCGAUUCACUUGUCUUCGCUGGCAAGAACCCUGCCCAGUCCUGUGCGGGAGGGUCGGACUGCACAAGAUGUGGCGGACGAAAACGAGGAAAUUUCGAAGCUCAUUGCCCAACUCAGGCGGGCUCAGCAGACGACCGCGGACCUUAUCGCGCGGGUGAAGGAACAUGGGACUGGGAGAACCCGUCCAGUCUAUACGAGAAAUUUCUGCCCGUCUGAUGAAGGACUGGCCAGUAUUCAGAAAAUGAUACAGGCAAACGAACGUGAGGAGGCGCAGUUGGAAAAAACCCUGAAGCAAAUCAGCGAUCCCCGCUAUAUGGCACAGCUGACGACGCAACUGCAGAAACUGGACAGCGCCAUUACACGGCUCACUCGAGAGAACCGGCGGAAAGAGGGCAAGAACAAAAGGGUUGGGCAAGUCCUGGAGGGCGAGGAAAAAGGCGCCGAAUCCUUCGCUACGCGACUGCACAGAGAGCUUGACCACCUUUCUCAUGAGGUAUCCAGCAAAAGCUGA